AUGGAGCUAUUCUUCCUGCUGUAUGCUCUGUAUCUAAUUCUUACUCCUGUAACAGGAGUGUCAAGCGGCGCUGCUGUGGAUGUGGAUUUGGAUCUGGAUCACUUUCGGGUCUCUACUCGAUCCGGUGUCGCGGCGAUGCACGCUGCAUUACUACCACCAUCAGGAAAGGUUGUCUUUCUCGACAAAGUUGAGAACUAUUCCGAGCUACAUCUACCAAACCAGCGCUCGGCGUACUCGUCAGUCUACGACCCUGAGACAGGUCAACUGAGCCCUCUGUCUGUAUCGACAAAUGCCUUUUGCUGCGGCGGCACAUUUCUUGCCGACGGGAGACUGAUUACAGUCGGAGGAAAUGGUCCGCUACCAGACCUCGACCCGACUGUCGGCGACGGCUUCGAUGCCAUCCGUUACCUUAGAGCAGGGCAGGGCGACAACCUUUGGAGUGAACCUGGGAACAAACUAUCCUCAAAGAGAUGGUAUGCCUCGGCGCAGACUUUGGCCGAUGGGAAAGUGUUUGUUGCUGCCGGCAGUUUGAACGCUUUGGACGUGCUCAACCACAGCAACAAUAACCCAACCUACGAGAUACUGGAUGCCGAGGGAAUCAGUAACGGGCGGAACAUCCGCAUGGAUAUCCUGGUCGACCACAUGCCGUACUAG